CACAACUGAGCUACAUAGAACAAACCUAUUCCGAAGAGUUGCUCACGAGGCCAUUUUGGGAUCUAAAAACAACAUUUUGUGGAUUUUCAGAGUCAACAAUGGGGAGAGAUCAUACUGUGGUUAUAUGGCUGAUACUGACUUUGGGAGUAGUCACAGCUCAAAUAGAUAAGGUGGAGCGGGCACUGCCACAGUGGCUGACAGGCAUCAUAGCUGUGGCCGUGUUUCUCUUCCUCAUCUUCGUGGCGUUUCUGGUCAACAAGGCCUGGUGUCAGGACUCGAGGCCUGAUACCAAAGAAUGUGAGUGUGGGAAGACCCCUGGGUAUGCCAACACCAAUGGAGACCACUAUGAUACCAGCCUGGACAUGUUCAGGAGCAGAGAUCACGAGGGUGCAUAUGAGAACAUGGACCUCGAAGGUAUUGAAGACAAAGUCACUGUCAUGUGACCAAUGAGAUCCAAUAGAAGCCACCAAUCUGUGGUUUGUCGUGGACGCGCACACACACACGUAUUUUCAGAGAUAUGCAAAAGCAAUUUACCAAGAGCACUCCAAGCAAGUCGCAAAAAGUUUCAAGAUCAGUAGAUAUGCAUUAAAGUGGAUCUUAGAGUGUAGAAUCUUGUCCAACAACUUUCUGAUUUGUUUAAAAAGCUACAGUACAUAUGGGCCUAAUGUGUGAUAGAACUCUUAAAACCCAUUCCUGCAGUCAAAUCGCCAUCUAGUGGCCUUAUGGGUGGAAUGUUAUUCAUCUUUUUCAUAAUUUCAUAAACCAUAAAAAAAAAAAAAUGUACAUUAGAAAAUCUGCUGUUUCUAUUUCAGAUAAUUUUGUUAUACUGUAUUUCAGUCUUCUGUGAUGUAUAUAAAGUGUAACAUUGGGAUGCAAACUCAAAAUGUAAUACAUUACAACUCUAGA